UAGUGCACUUUUCAUACAUGUGGUAACUCAAAGUUCUAUACAAUCAAGUGGCACAAGGAGAAAAUAUGAGUAUAAAAAUAAAGUGCAAGGAGAUUAAAACAUAGACAAAUUUAGACUAAAGUCAAACGUAUGCAACUAUAAACACCAAAACAAACAAAGGAAGUACUUUUGAAUUCAUUCCAAAUUAAAAACUUGUCAAAUACUAUUUAAAAAAAUGUUUGUAAUGUUGCUGAAAGAGCUUAAUGUUCCAUCAUUUUUUUAAUGAUGUGAAAUGUUCACACUAAUUAUGUGUGUCGGUGGGUGUGUGUGUCGGUGGGUGUGUUUGUGUGAAUAUAAAUAUGUUCAGGCAUGUGUUAGUGAGAGAAGAAGAAAAGCAGGUAGCACCAGAAGAGGACCGGGUCCAUUUUGGGCUGCUAUUAUCAGGCUGAUCUCCUGUGAGAAACACACCGAAUCCAGUCAGACGCAAGAACUGCACAACAACAGUCAGUAUGCCUGGCGAAACCAUGAGGAAUCGGGUCGGUCGCUGGCCAGAUGUUACACUAUACGAUGAGGAAUCAAUGAAUGUGGAUCUGGUGCCUGAGAAGAAUACGGAGAACGAGGAAGGGAAGUGUCGAAGGUGGUUUCGCAAAAUAUGCCCAUGCUGCUGUCGUCAAGCCAGAAAGGAACCUGAGGACACUGGCAUUGAGCUCAAUGUUGGGAAAGAGGAGAAUGGAAAAAAGCCACCAGAAGAAACUCCUGAAACGAAUGAAAAUCUGUUAUCAGUGCACUCCGUAGACCUCAUCAAGUCCAAAAAAAGUGAAAACCGUGUGAAUCAUCACACAGAGCAUUACCACAGCGAUAACCUCAUCGUCCGCCGAGGGCAGACGUUUCAGAUGUGGAUAGAGCUCUCACGACCUUUCGAGCCCAAAACCGACAAACUGCACCUCGAGCUCAAACUUGGUCCUAACCCACUGGUAUCAAAGGGCACUCUAGUGAUCGUUCCUUUAGUUGAUGAGUUACAGGACAAUUGCUGGGAAGCCAAGAUUGUUGAGAAGAAAGGCAACAAAAUCAAACUGUCAGUCAACUCCAUGCCGACUGCGCCCAUUGGCCAGUACAAGCUUACUGUCGCAACUCAAUCUCCCAAUGGGAAUAGCACUUCAGAAUAUAAACCUGAAAACGAUAUCUACAUGCUGUUCAACCCCUGGUGUGAAGGUGACUUGGUGUAUCUGGAUGAUGAGGAGGAAAGGAAAGAGUAUGUUCUGAAUGAUGUGGGAAGGAUUUACUAUGGUACCGAGUCUCAGAUUGGAGAAAGAACCUGGAACUUUGGACAGUUUGAUGAUGGGGUUCUGGCAGUUUGUCUGUUCGUACUGGAGAAGAGUCAAACCCCUGCUUCUGGGUGGGGAAACCCUGUUAACAUUACCAGACUCGUGUCAGCCAUGGUCAACUCUCCUGAUGACCAAGGUGUGCUGGAAGGCAAUUGGUCUGGUAACUAUGCAGAUGGGACUUCCCCAACAGCAUGGAGUGGCAGUGUGGACAUUCUGAAGCAGUACCACAAGAGUGGAGGCAUGCCUGUCAAAUACGGGCAGUGCUGGGUCUUCUCAGGGGUCACCACUACAGUUCUCAGGUGUUUAGGCAUCCCCACCCGCAGUGUCACAAACUUCAACUCCGCCCAUGACACAGACGUUUCCUUGACAAAUGACGUGUAUUUGGACGAGAACAUGGAGCCGAUUUUGGAGCUCAACGGCGAUUCUGUCUGGAAUUUUCACGUGUGGAACGAAUCCUGGAUGGCUCGGCCUGAUCUGCCGGCUGGCAUGGGAGGUUGGCAAGUGGUGGAUGCCACACCUCAAGAGACGAGUCAGGGCUCAUUCUGCUGUGGUCCUGCCUCCGUGACGGCUAUCCGUGAUGGACAGGUCUACCUUAAAUAUGACGCACCCUUCGUCUUUGCCGAGGUGAACAGUGAUAAGCUUUACUGGCAGAGGAACACUGAUGGCACCUUCUCUCAGAUUUACUGUGAGAAGAAUGCGGUGGGCCACUGCAUCAGCACCAAGGCAGUUGGCUCUAACAUGAGAGAAGACAUCACGUACCAGUACAAACACCCAGAAGGAUCUGAAGAGGAGCGAAUUGCAGUGGAAACUGCCACUCGCUACGGGUCAAAGCCUAACAUCUACCCCUCCGCUGUGGCCACGGACAUCACGUUAGAGGUCACAAUGAAAGGAGAAGGGCCUCGGAUGGGAGAAGACGCACAGCUGUCCAUCAACUUGAAGAAUGACAGCUCUAAUAUGCGCAAUACCAUCCUCCACAGUCAAGUGGUAGUCAUGUACUACACUGGAGUGCAGAAGGCUAUGAUAAAAAAGGAUGACAUAGUGGUGGAGCUCAAACCCAAUGAGAUCCAGACACUGGAAUGGACCCUUCCGUAUGACCUGUAUAAGAAUGAGCUGGUGGACCAAGCAGCCCUGAUGCUCACCCUAUCUGGCCGAGUCAGUGAGACCAACCAGGUUCUGGCCACCCAGUUCAACUUCCGCCUGCGCACGCCCGACAUUAUAAUCACCCCUGUAGGGGAUGCUGUAGUUGGUAAAGAGAUGGCAGCUAAACUAACCUUCAAAAAUCCACUACCACAAGUCCUGAAAAAGGUGAAGUUCCGCAUCGAGGGCUUGGGCUUGCAGAAAGUCAGAGAGAUCUCCUACGGUGACGUGGGCAGUCUGACGACCAUCACCCUGACGGAGAAGUUUAUUCCAACCUUGCCUGGUCAGAGGAAGCUGCUAGCCUCUCUGGACUGUCAGCAGCUCACACAGGUUCACGGCGUUGCCGAUAUCUUGGUCAAGGAUAAGUGAAAACAGACAGGAAUGCAAAUUGACACGCAUCAUGUACUAUGCCUAGAAGCCAAAAUAAGAAAAUGAAGUAGUGAGGGUAAAGAUAGUAACCGUAUACCAUAACACUGUGUGCAAAUGAGAAGGUUAGAAGGUUCAGUGCUUUUGUUAGAUUUCCUAAAAUCCUGUUCUAGUGAGAACACAACUGUAUUAUACACUCUAGGUUCACGGGGAAUGAUUUCACUCCACCUGAUAGUGGAAAAAAAAAAAGGUAAAUCUAGAAGUCUUAUGGAUUAUAUGUUAAAGAUGAUCUACCAGCUUGACCAGCUGGUCAGACCAUCCUGGGAUUUUUUCAGACAGGAUUCCAAGUUGAACCAUCAGUAGCAAGUUAAGAAUCCUUACCUAUCCAAAGAACCCUCGAGGAACCACAUUUUCUAGGCGUGCACUUUAAAGAGAAGACUUUAAACUUGUCUUUUCAUAUGUUUUACUGUUUGAAAUCCUUCAUGUAAGGGCUCACAGCCAUCCCUUAUUAAA